CUCUGCAGAUGAAAUGGGAACAAGAGGAACCAGAACCUCUGCAGAUGAAAUGGGAACAAGAGGAACCAGAACCUCAAGAGUUCAAAGAGGAAGAGAAGCAACUCUGCAUCAGUCAGGAUGAAGAGCAUCUUGUGCUGAAACAGGAGACUGAGAAUUCAAAACAGAAAACACACAAGAAAGCUCAGCCAAACCAAAAACUAUAUUCUUGUAAAAUUUGUGGCAAAGCCUUUUCUCAAAAUAAUUCCUUCAUUGCGCACAUGACAACUCACACAGCUAAGAAACUUUUCAUAUGUUUAACCUGUGGAAAAAGAUACCGUUACAAGAGUCAUUUAACUAAUCACAUGAGAAUUCAUACUGGUGAAAAACCGUUCACAUGUGCUGCUUGUGGAAAAAGUUUUCAUCUAAACGGCACUUUAAACAGACACAUGAGAAUUCACUCAGGUGAGAAGCCUUACACGUGCACAACUUGUGGAAAAAGUUUCGUGUGUAAAUCUCAGUUAGUUGAUCACAUGACAAUUCAUACAGGUGAGAAGCCUUUCUCAUGCGGAAACUGUGGAAAAAGUUUCCGGAGGAAACCUGACUUGGUUAGUCACAUCAGAGUUCAUACAGGUGAAAAACCGUACUCAUGUGAGGCCUGUGGAAAAAGUUUCACUCAUAAAAACAGUUUAACUGUUCACAUGAGAGUUCACACGGGUGAAAAGACUUUCUCUUGUAGAACCUGUGGAAGAAAUUGCUUGAAUAAAUCUGACUUAGUUAAUCACAUGAGAACUCAUGCAGGUGAGAAGCCUUUCUCAUGUGAGACCUGUGGAAAAGGUUUUGCUGGAAAACACCGUUUAACUUCUCACAUGAAGUCUCAUACGGGCCAAAAUUCUUUCUCCUGUGGGACAUGUGGAAGAAGUUUCACUCGUAAAACAAUUUUAACUGCUCAUAUGAGAACUCACAUGGGUGAGAAGCCUUUCUCUUGUGGUACAUGUGGAAAACGUUUCUCUCGUAACAUACAUUUAACUGCUCACAUGAGAACUCACACAGGUGAGAAGCCUUUUCCCUGUGGGAAUUGUGGAAAAGCCUUUACAUGUAGAUCUGGUUUACGUCAGCACAUGACGACUCACACAAGUGAGAAGCCAUUCUCAUGUGGGAUCUGUGAAAAACGUUUUGCUCAAAAAUACCAUUUAGCUUCUCACAUGAGAAUUCACACAUGUGCAAAGUCUUUCUCAUGUGGGACCUGUAGAAGAAGUUUCUCUCAUAAAAAAAAUCUCACAGCUCACAUGAAAAUUCACACAGGUGUGAAGUAGGGAUGCACUGAUUUAUCAGUCACUUAAUUUUUGGAGAUCUGUAAUCAGCCGAUAAUCACAGACUGUCCUCUUCUGCUCUCCCGUGGGAGGUUUGACUGUUAGUCACGAGUCAUGUCUGCACAUUUUGUAGUUCACAAUAGUCACUCCACUGUUCCCAGCUCAGCAAGUUUCUUGCUAUAUUUACUGACAUUUCAGACAAGAAAAUUGGUGUUGCCCAAAAUUCAAAAUGGCAUAUCAGGCUUUUUAAAGACUGGUCAUUGGCGAUCGGCGAGAAAACUGCAGUGGGUGCACCGCUCAAUAGGAAUGUAACCGUUCACAUGAGAACUCACACAGAUUUGACGGCAUAAUGUGAACCUCAAGUGCCAAAAUUCUUAGUAAUUUGCUUUUUGGAAACAGAGUAAUUAAAACUGUAUUGCAUUUUUAAUUGCAACAGCUUUGUUUAAAACACAUUUCAAAUCGGAGAUUUAGCUAAAACGCUCAACAUUCACUUUAUUCUAGCAGUUUUAUGUUAACAUUAAUUUUUUUAAAAGAGUAUAAGUGAGAUAUUCGUAGCUUCUUUAAGGAGCAAUGGGUUUAAUGCUUUCAGAUUUAGACUUGUAAAGUUUUGGAGUAUUUAUUGUAUGUUUACCCUUUGUACUUAUUUGGUUUAUUUCAAUGACUGGAUGAAAUAGAUGUUAGCUGUUACUGCAUGUGCUUCUAGGGUCACAAAUUAAUGGCCCUUUGAGAGUAAUAAUGUUUUCUAAACUUAAAUCUAAAUAUCAUUCACCAUUUUUUUUCUCAGAGGUUCUGAUUGAGGAAGGAAAUUUUGCUAAAUAAUGACGAAAUCUGACAUGUUUCCCCUUUUCAUUUAAAAAUCUGCAUAUUCUUCUUCGUGACUGUAAACUGUAGUUUUUACCCACAUCUUGAUUUGUCAGGUUUUUGUUACAUGAUUUUUAUGCUUUGGAUAAUAGAAAAGGAAUUGAUUAUAUGGAUUGAAUUUCAGAUAUAAUAAAGUUC